AUGCGGGCCCUGCCACUUUUUAUGGUUACAAACAUGCAGCAGAACCCGAGAAAAGCCGUCGAGCGCUUCACGGAGCUCGAGGUAUUCGGCGGCGGCCCCUUUCAGGGCGCUUCCAAGCUCUACCGCGAUCUGGCAGAUGACAAGGAUGUCGCCGACGCUACCAAACGUUAG